CAUAUCAGAAUUCAAAAGUCAUGUCAUGUCAUGUACGUGCAAUAACAAAGCAAAAAGCUUUUGUCAAUUUUGAGUAGUUUUUUCUUUGAAACAUCAUGACAGACACAAUUGAGCAAACCUCUCAAAUGUUCCAUCCAAUCAAAAGUUUCAACUUUAAGGGUUGCACACUUAUAAUACCGUCUGUAUCAGUAGGGAAUGUUGGUCAAUUAUGCACCGACUUACUUAUCCAAUCACUUGGAUGCCAGAAAGCAGGGUAUCUUUGGCAUCCAGCUAUUCUCCCAGUUGUGGGGGUUGAUCCUUACAGACUAUCGUCACCUGACCUAGCUUUACCUGCAGAAGUGUUCUAUUCAAAGGAUCAUAAUCUGGUGAUCUUGCAAUUAAGGUCUUCAGUUGUCAAAAAGCUGAGAAAGCCAUUUUUGAAUGAUUUGGUUCAGUGGAUGCAAUCAAUUGGAGUUGUGCAAGUGGCUGUUCUCACUGGAAGUUCUAAUGAAGAACGCAUUGAUGAACAAAUUACAUCUGAACCAUUUCGUUACUUAGUUGGCACUGAAUCAAAUCCCAGUCUGGCUGAAACAUUCAGAUCUUUGGGAUGGAUUGCAUUGGAGAAGAGGCUUCAUUUCCCCGCUCUAUCUAAACUAGAAAGUCUUGAAGAAGGUAACCAAAACAUUGGCCAGGUUGUCAUACCUGGUGGAGGCUUUGCCAAGCAGUUGAUUACAGCCUGCUCUGAAAAGAAACUAAAUUGUGUUGCUCUCAUUAAGUUCUGUAGUGAGGGCGAUAACAUUCCCGAUGCUCUUGUAAUGUUGAACAAAUUAAAUGGCUGGCUAAAACUGUUGGAUGUGGAUUCCAUUGGUUCUCCUAAACUAAUAUAUCCUCCGUCAUGGAAUCAUUUGUUUGGGAAUCCUCCUCCUCGGCAGUUGUAUUGAUUUUGAAAUAAAACUUAAUUUCAGCAUAA